AAGAACGAUUCGGACAUCGCUGCUGCAGUGAUUGGCAGACGUUUGUCCAGCCCCCUCUUCCGUACAUCGACCAUGAGCUCAUAAUGCACCACAAACACACUUAACCCCAGCUAUUUACGGAGUGUAAGAUAUAAUCAAAGGAAGGAUUAUGGAUUCAGAAGCGAUGGAAUUGAAUGGAGAUGCUCACGGAGGAGAUUCAGGAGUGCGUCCUCGGCAGAGCCGCUGGUCAAGGAACACCCCAAUUAACAUGAACCAUUACGCCAAUAAGAAGAGUGCAGCAGAGAGCAUGCUGGAUAUUGCACUGCUGAUGGCCAAUGCCUCCCAGCUGAAGACCAUCCUGGAGGUGGGACCCACUUUCUCCUUAUACAUUCCUCUCAUCAGUCUCAUCAGCAUCUCCCUCAUCCUACAGAUCAUCGUGGGGGUCUUGCUUAUCUUCAUAGUGAAAUGGAAUCUGAAUGACACAAGUAAACACUUCAUACUGAAUCUUCUGGAGAACAUCGUCACAGCUCUCAUCUUUAUCAUCGUAGUAGUAAAUAUUUUCAUCACAGCAUUUGGCAUCCAAAGACCAGAGGACACAAAAGCUUAACUGGCAACUCCAGUUUAGGGUUUCCUACAGGUAUAUAUAGUUGAACAUUUAUUACCAAAAUCAGAAAAGUUGUCAUGACAUAUUCAAAUGUGCCACUAAGUAAAUAUGCCUUAUGUUUUGCAGAAACUUUUUUUAAAUCCCAAAAUGAGCUGCUACUAGUAUCCUAAAUACUAUACGUUGUGGACCAUAAAUUCUAAAUUUAAUUAAAAAAUGCAAUUACAUAUAAUUGUUGUACGAGUAAUUGUUUAAUUAUAUACGUACU